AUGGUCGUCCCAAGCAGGUCUACGAUCCGCCCUUGUAGUCGGUCCAGUUGCCAGCACUGUCAAAAGCGAGUGGCGAUUUUCCUCAUCGAUGGCUUUGGGAUACUUCGCCGACGACAUGAAGCGAAGUGCCCUCUCGCCAAGGUGACCCCACCAGCUACGCAGGCUGAGACGACAUCAGAGACCACCACUGCCACAGCCCGGAGCCGCGGUUCUCACCGGAUCCACAGCUUCCAGUUCUUCCAGCUUGCGGCCAAAUGUGACGCCGCAGGCCGAGAGUCCUGGCUUUUGGCCACGGCUGAUGAGUUCCCUGCGCUGCGGGCGCCGCCAUCGCCCUGCUGCGCUGCGCCGGCCGUCGGGGAAGUCGUCCGUGGCGGAGUGAUGCUGGAAGGUGAUGAACGGACAGAGGUCUUGAGAGAAGAGUCUCAUUUCAAGGCUUCUCCUCUGUUGUCCACCUUCCGUGCCGUCAAUUUGGAGUCGGGUCGGCAAGGUGUGCAUAACAGCUUUGCAUCCACUUCGGCCAAUUGUCACAGCAUGGGCCUGUUCUUCAGCAAGAUCUGGACGCGCAUGAGGGGCUCUAAAGAGGUGCGAAUCCUGAUGCUGGGUUUAGAUGCUGCUGGCAAGACCACCAUCCUCUACAGGUUGAAGCUGGCAGAGGUGAUCAACACAGUGCCCACCGUGGGUUUCAACGUGGAGAUGGUGGAGUAUGGCAACAUCAAGUUCAACGUCUUUGAUGUGGGAGGCCAGGACCAGAUUCGCAAACUCUGGCGCCACUACUUCCAAGGCACUGAUGGUUUGAUCUAUGUUGUGGACAGUUCUGAUCGCGACCGAAUCAAUGAUGCUAAGGAAGAGUUGGAUAAGAUGCUGCAAGAGCAGCAGCUUGCGGAUGCCGCUUUGCUCGUUCUUGCCAACAAGCAAGAUUUGCCCAAUGCCAUGACAGCUGCCGAGAUCAUGGAGAAGCUGGAACUGCAGAAACUUCGACAUCGGAAAUGGUUCAUUCAAUCGACCAUAGCUCCCACUGGCGAUGGCCUCUAUGAGGGUUUGGACUGGCUUUCCCGAAGUCUAAGUCCAGAUUCGAAUCUGAGUCAACCUGGCUGCGAAUCCUUGCCACAAAGGGACGCAAACAAAAAGAUGCGCAGCCAAGCUGCAGCGCGACUUAGGCGACGCAGCGUUCGAGCACCACCUGAGGGUGAAGGCUGGAGUACUCCAUGUGAGCACAGUGAUAGCAGAUGGAAAAUGCAGCUUUGGUACAAAUGGUCAGCGCCUACCACGAUUUCCACGCUGUCUCGGUUGAAAGUGCAGGGAAGCUUAAGUGAGGUUCUGUCUCUCUUCCGCGAAGCCGACAAGGUGUCCAAUUGGCUUCCUUUUGUCACUGGUGGGGAGUGUACGUGGUCUCAUGAUGUGCCGGCACUGGUUUUCAAUAUUGAAGCCAAAGUUCCUAUCGUUCCCCGCAGAUUCAGCACACUGAUACACCGCGCCUUCAUUGACGAUGCCGAUGAUACCCAGACGCUCCCGGGUGUUUACAUUAUUGAAUGGACGCCCCCAGCAGAAGAUGUCGCAACGGGUUUAUUUUGCGGCAUGCAGGUGCCACCCACACCUCCCAGGUCAUCUGCGAUGCAGGUGAACCUGUCAACAACCUUCGUUUGCCCCGAUCCUGAACAGCAGGAUUGCUGCGUGAUCAUCAUGGCCGGGGAAAACGACUUUGGAGUCAAUCAAAGGUUGAUUCCCAACCUGGUCCUGAGAAAGUUCCUGACAUUCAACUCCAAGGUGGUGGCCAGCAACAUCAGUUCUUGCCUUCAAGACAUGGAGCGCUUUGGCUACUCCGAGCGAAUUGAAAAGGACGCUCAGGGCUUUUAUUCAUCAGUAAGAAAGCGGACCUCAAGACGUGGAUGA